GCUGCUGCGGCUGCUGAAGCCGUGCGUCGGAAGCUGCACAACGAGCUGGUGGACUUGCGCGGCAAUAUUCGAGUCUACUGUCGCGUAAGGCCGCACCACUCGCCAUCGACGCGCAUCGGCCAAGACGGCGCGUCAAUCACGUUGGCGGCGGACGGCAAGGAGCACAAGUUCUCGUACGACCGCGUCUUCGGUGCGGACAGCACGCAGGACUCGGUAUUUGCGGCGGUUUCGGAGCUGGUGCAGAGCUCCCUGGAUGGCUACCACGUGUGCAUCUUUAGCUACGGCCAGACCGGAGCUGGCAAGACGCACACCAUGCAAGGUGGUGACACGCCCGCGUCACGGGGCAUCAUCCCCCGUGCGGUGGAGAAGAUCCUGGCGACAGCUCGCAAGCUGGGGGAGGAGGCGGAGUGGCAGUACACGAUGGAGGCCUCCUUCAUUGAGAUCUACAACAACCAGCUGCGUGACCUGCUUUGGGAGCCAGAGAAGAAGGGGGACAAGCCGCAGUAUAUCAACGACCCCAACGCCAUUAAGCACGACUCCGACGGCGGCCACACUAUCGUGCAAGGCGUCAAAAAGGUCCCCGUGGAUGACAUGGAGGGCGCGUUAAAGCUGAUUCGGCAGGCGUCUGCUGCCCGGGCCGUUGAGGCGACCGCAAUGAACAGCGCCUCCAGCCGCUCGCAUGUCGUGUUCAUGCUGUACAUCACGGGCAAGCACGAGGAGAGCGCCACCCGACUGCAGGGCUGCCUGUGCCUUGUCGACCUUGCUGGAAGCGAGCGACUGGACCGCUCCCUGGUCGAGGGCAAGGCCCAACUAGAGGCCCGUGCCAUCAAUUCCUCCCUGACCGCGCUUGGCUCGGUCUUUGAGAAGCUGUCGGCAAAGUCCAGUCACAUUCCCUACCGAGACUCCAAGCUCACGUACCUCCUGCAGCCAUGCCUCGGAGGCAACGGCAAGACGCUGAUGUUCGUCAACAUCAACCCUGAGCCGGCAUCCGCGGGCGAAAGCUUGUGCUCCCUGAGGUUCGCCCUCAAGGUCAACGGCUGCGAGUCGUGCGCCAAGGGCGGUGCGCGGAAGAACACGAUGCCCCUUCUUGGCGGUGGCGAUGGUGGCGGCGGCGGCGACGGCAGGGCCAGCAUGGCAAGCGACGCAGGUACCGUUCGCCGGCAGUCGAAUCUCCCGCGGCCCCCGACGACUAUAGCUGGCGCAGGUGCUGCACGGCAGGGGCGCGCGGGUCCGUCAAGAGGGGCACCCCUGGCGGCGACAGGGCAGAAGCGGUCCGCUGCUGACGGGCUGGGAAACCCAAACAAGCGCCCCAGAGGAGGAAAAUAGUCAUUGAAUUUGGUGCAUGAGAUGUGUAUAUGGUGUUGCCUACAUGGCGCUUACGGUUUAACUGGGUUUAACUGGGUGGCCUGCGGGUAUGUUUCUACGAUUAUGCAGAUCGGAUUCCGUACGGCUUCCCUUCAUUCACCGCAAUGACUCUUGUAUGAGCAUCGCGAGACAUCAACCAUUGCUGUUCGUUUAUAUAAAUAAGCGCAUAUGGCGGAUUAGGGCUGAACUGGCAUCUCGACCGCUUUGCGGCCUUGGGACUUUGGGGCUUGGCAGGAUGUCCUUGUUAUUUUCGAACACCGCCCUAGGCGUUCCUGCAGCUGGUAGCUCAGGACCGAUCUUAAACACGCAGGCUUUGACACCAUGCCAUUUAAAGCAUCAAUGGUUGAUAGGAAUGCUCGGACCGUGUCCUCUGCGCCGCCGUUCACCGCGAAAGACGCAAAUUGUUGCUGUUGUCUCACGCGCCAGUACAAAUUCGAUGGCAUUGGGAGACCAGACAACGUUGGAAGGUAGCAGGAGAGACGAAGUCGAAUUGGGCCACGCGCAAGCUGAGGACUAUCUAGGGUUAAAUGAUAGCCCAGGCGUAGGGAUAGCAGCAUCGGCAUCGCACCCUCCACAGCGACAACAAGUGGAGCUUGUCAGCAAGCCACAGCUCCGUGCACGCGCGCGAGCACCCCUUCCGCAGAGCCCGUCCCGGGGGGCUGCUGGACAACCUGGAGCAGGCCCAGCGCCUGACGUCCUUCCACCGCCGCCUCCGAAUCUCCAGCAGGAGGAUGUGCCCUUGGGUGCCUACAUGAAAACUAGCAUCGUAAGGAAGGUGACUCGCAAGCUGCAGGAGCGUGCCGCACAGCUCGCAGAUGUGAUCCCAGGGCCUUCAGCAAGCGUCGGUGCUGGCAUCAUUGACAGCCGCACAGGUGUGCUAAUGUCGGACGCGCCCCUCGCGCCUCGUCUGGGAGAGCGGAUGUCGCAGCUGCGCAUAGCCCAGAUGUCGCAGCAGAAGAGGCGGCGGAAGACUGGCAGUCACAGCAUGGAAGACGAUGGUGACGUUGUGUACAACGCGCUGUACGGCACCGCGUUUUCCCAUCCCGCCGCUGGGGGUCCAUCUCCCGCCGCUGCAUCUGCAGCUUCUGGCGGAUCCCCAGCGGGUAGCCCGAAGUACGGCCACCCGCCUCUUGGCUCCUUUGACAGGGAACCCCCAUCUCCCCCAUCCUCUCCGGGGCGGCAAUCACUGCGAGCUCUGCCUCCACCAUUCACGCCUCAAUCCCCCUCGCCUGGACCAGGUAUUCCCUUUCCCUGGGUGUUCCCCACCGCCUCUGAUUCCACCGCCACCACCACCACCGAGCCCUUCGCUACCCCAGCCCGAGCUGCCCUCGCAUCGUCUGCGCAAGCCGAAGCAUUCACCGCUUCCAACCGCCGACCCAUCCGUGCCGAACUGGAAAAGCUCAUACGCGCAUGCGCCGAUCUGGACGCCCUGCGCAGCUUGUACGACAAGUACGGCAGCUGCAUCGUACGGCAGGAGGCGAUACUGUUUAUCAGCCACCUGGCCUCGCUGCAGGAGCCCACUACCAUGACUGUGCGGGUGUGGAGUGCGACGCAGGCGCUGCUGGUGGAGUUGCUGCAACGCAUCACGCCCAAGCUGGACGUACUAACCAUGCAGGAGUUUGUGGUGAUCCUGGCGGCUGUCUCCAAGCUGGGCUACGUGCCGCCGGAGGAGUGGAUGGCGGCGGUGCUGGUGCAGAGCAAGCCGCGACUGUACAACGCAUCCCCCUCCUUCCUUACCACCACCCUCAAGUCCAUGGCCCGCAUCUACACCGACCCCUCCGACCUCAAGCAGGCCGCCGCUUGGGACGCCUGGAUGAGUCGGUACCUCACGUCCGUACAACGGCAACUGGCGUCGUACCGGGGAGAUGAGCUGGUCAAGACCCUGGUGGCGCUGUCCGAGCUGCGCUACCGCCCGCCCGCCGAGUGGAUGGCUCGGCUGUCCACCGCACUACUCAACAAGAUGGACUCGCUGGGCUCCCACUCGCUGUCGCAGGCCAUGCUGGCCUUCGCCUCCCUGCGCUACCAGCCCGAGCCGCCCUUCCUGCGCGCCUACUACAGCUGCAUGCACUCGCGGCUGCCGCUGGCUGAUGACGGCGACCUGGCCACCUUUGCGCAGGCGGCCGCGCUGCUGGAGCGGCUGGUGCAGCAGGACUUCAUGCUGGAGUUCCUGGCCGAUGUGUUGGAGAAGCUGCCCACCUUCGCGCCCGCGCACCUUGCCAACCUGCUUAACGCCAUGGGCCGUCUGGCCGCCCCGCCGGCAGGCCGCAUGCGCCCGCCGGCCGGCUGGACGGCGGCGGUGGCGGACCACCUGAUCCGCGCGCGCCGGCUGGGCAGCUUCAGCGGCUCAGCAAUGGCGUCGGCGGUGUGGGGGCUGAGUGUGCUGGGGCUGAGAGCCACGCCUGCGUUCCUGGACGACGUCCUCUCCGCCUCCUACGGCAAGCUGCACUCCUGCGGCCCCACCGACCUCAUCCUGCUGCUCACGGCGCUGGGCAACCUGGGCUACUCGCCUCCGCCGGGGCGGGAGGCCUUUUGGAACGCCUGGAUGACGGAGUUCGAGAAGCUGACGGCGCGCAAGACGUACGACACACGCGGCGUGUGCGACCUCAUGGCGGCGAUGGCGCGGCUGCCGCGACCCAUGGUUCCGCGGGAGAAGGCGGUGGAGAUGGGGUGGGUGCCUGUGCCGGCGUCGUCGGCUGCGGGUGCUUCGUCGCAGCUGGGCAUAUUUCAGGUCGCCGAGGGCGAUGGCAACGGCAGCGAGGGUCAAAUCGAGGAGCAGGGAGGGCCGCAGGUGCAGCAGCAGCAGCAGCAGCCCGUGCUCAUUCCUCGGCCGCCCAAUGAUGCGUUCGUGGGGGGAGUGCUUCGGUCCACUCGCAUGUUCAGUCUGCGUCACACCUGCCCUGCGCGCUUGGCGGGGCUGGCGGGCUCGCUGGCAGUGCUGGGGAUUAAGCCGGACUUUGGAUUCCUGUACAACUAUGCGCAGGCUGCUCGCUUCAUGUGGAGCGCCUUCAGCACUCGGGACUACGCAACCUUGCUGGGAGCCAUGGUCCACAUCGGCACCCCAGGUGUGGCGGACCCGCGCUGGGCGGACGACUUCCUGGCCAUCCUCAUGUGCCGCCUACCCGACUUUGACGGCCCCGGCCUCGCCGCCAUCCUCACCGCCAUUCGCCACCUGCCCAAACCCGAGUUCGCACCCGGCCGUCAAUGGCUGGCGGCGGCGGCGCAGCGAACGGUAGACCUCAUCCGUUCGCCGCCGCCGCCACCGUCGACGGCGGCGAUGGUGCCGCGGGCCGCAGUUGUCGUACCCGCUGCUGAUACGUCGGCGGCGGCGGAGGUUGCCGGUAACGAAGGCGGUGACGGCAGCGGCGGCGGCGUGUUGAUACCCACGCCGGGGCCCCUGGUGGGGACGAUGUCGUACCGGGCUGGCGGCGUGGUGCCUAGCGGCGGCCAAGUGGUGCGGUCUCCGGAGGGCCGGGCGUUCGUGGCCCCGCCCAUGAACCCGCUGACGCCGGAGAUGUUGAAGCAGGUGGUGGCGGCACUGGCGGCGCUGGGAUACCGUGCCGUACCUGAGGAGCCGUUGGUGCGAAUCGUACGGAAUGUGCUCAUGCGCAAUGCUGCGUUGGUACAGGCGCAAGACCGUGUGGCAGCAGGUGCAGCAGCGGGACCCGUGCCACCGUUGGGCUCACUGCUCCUGCCACAUCAACAGCAGCAGCAGCCACCACAAGCGCCGCAAGCACAGCCCUCAAACAUGGCGGCGGCAGCGGUGGCGGCGGCAGCGUUCGAGCGUGCCAACGCAGCGGCGGCGGCCGCUGCUGCCGCUGGCAGCGAAGCGCCGCGGCCGUUGCUCAGCCCCGCUGCUGCUGCGGAGCUGGAGUCCUCGCUUGCCGUCAUGCUGGGGCUGCAGGUGCCGUUAAGGCCGCCGUCGGCGACCGCCACUGACUUGGGGUUGCCUGUCGGCGCCGUGAGGACACCGGAGCAUCUGGCGAGGCAGGAAGCGGUGUGGCAACAGAAGAUGGCGGCCAGGAAGAAGCGCUCGGAAAGCAGUGGCAGUGACGCCAAAGCCAAUGAGUCUUCAGACGACCGUACCAGCGAUGACCAGGUGGCGCGCAGUGCAGGCGCCGGUACGAGUACUGUGGGCAGCAGUAGCAGCAGCAGCAGCGGCAGUAGCAUUAAGCAGCGGCAAGGAGCGAGCCGCUGGAAUGGCCGCGGGCGUGCAGGCAAGUGGAUUGCGCCGGGGCGAGGAGCGGAGGAGGCGAAAGGAAAGGCUGCGCAUGUUACCGAGGGAGCCAGUGGCCAGCAGGGGCCCGUUGAGAAGGGCACGAGGCAGCAAGGGCGAAGCCACAGGGGCGUGCGGGUUCACAGAAGCGGCGCCACGGCAGGUAGCGGCAGCAGGAGCAAUAGCUGUGAUGGUAAGAGUGGGUAGGAGUAAAGUGCUGUUGGCGCCGUUUGCAGGGUUCACCAGGGGCCCUGCGUGAUGCAGUUGAGGGUGUCUUGCUAGCAUGGAGCUGCUGGUGCUGCUGUCACUGCUGCGAAUGCAAGGGCAAUGGCGGUGCAGAGCGAGUGUGUGCGAUGCGAGGCUCCGUUUUUAUUCUGUGGGCUUACGCGACCGUCGCCGAGGGCUUUACUAUAGGUAGUAGAUGGCAAGCAGCGUCCUAAGUGUCUGUAUCUUGCGAUAAGAGCGGAGCAGCUGCUGUUGCUUCUUUAGGAACGAGGACAGAGCUAUGUGAACUCUUCGAGAAGUGUGGGGUUGCAGGGGUGAGAGCGCAGCAUGUGUUUGUUGAUGUGCCGUGGAGGCGUUCCCUGGCCGAAGCGCCUCACUUACGUGUAUCGCUGUUGAUGUGAUGCCUGGAGCCAAGCCGCGGUUGGAGCAACGGUGGCAGUGCGCAGCGGUUGGAAGUGUUGUUACCGUGUGUGGAAGUGGGGAUAGGUGACUGGUCGGCGUUUCUGCGUCUAGGGUUGUCUGGCGGCCCUACUACCGGUAGUGGCGAGGCGGGGGCAGGGACACGCGGAAGAACACCGGCAGAGGUGGUGUCUAGGGGUCGUGUGUCGAGUCGGGCCCCUAGGGCCGACUCGACGUGAUGCAGGAUGUGAUGGAUGCAGGUGCGGUGCAAGGCAGCGCCCGCAUGUGAGCGUGGGCGUGCACCCGCGGCGGUGAAGUCUCUUCUCCUGUAUCCCCUACGCAGGGUUGAGGGGUUGCUACGAGGGGCGGGACCUGGGGACACACCCAC